AUGGAUGACCUGGAUGCUCUCAGAGGACUCUCUCCUCGACCCCCUCCUCCUGAGGACUCUGUGUCCCUUUCCUCGUCCAGCACCGACAUCAUCAACUUAGAAGGUACAUGAUCACUACAGUAGUUAGUCCUGUAUGUGUUAUUGUACCUGUCUUAUGUUUGUUGUGUGUUAUUGUGACACUCUGUGUUGUGUGUGUCUAGAUGCCCAUUAAGCUGUGUGUGUGUUAUUGUGUGUGUAGAUGGCCACUACAGUGCCCUGCGAGCGGAGCUGGAGGCUGAUGCUCAGGACCUGGAGGGAGAGUCCUGGAGUGUCUCUGUGGACCAGCAGUACAUAAAGAGACUACACAAAGACGCUAUAAAGAGACAAGAUGUCAUCUACGGUAAGAAUAUAGCUGGGGUAGCUGAUCUUAUCAUUAAAGAACUGGUUUGGGUGAUGAUGAUAUUAGCCAUUGCUACAAUUAUGUUGUUGAUGACUUCUUUACAACAGUAAUAAUGAUGAUGCUGUAUUUGUGUGUGUGUGUGUGUGUGUGUGUCAGAGUUGAUCCAGAUGGAGGUGUACCACCUGCAGACCUUGAAGCUGCUGCUGAGUGUGUACAAGUAUGAGCUGAGACGCAGCCUACAGAUGGAGGAGCAUAAGCUGGACAGGAUGUUCCCUCAGGUAACACACACGUACAUAUGGAGCGAGAGAGAUCUGAGACAGAGCCUGCAGAUGGAGGAGCAUAAGCUGGACAGGAUGUUCCCAUCCGGUGACUCCAUCUCUUGCUUAAAACCAAUAGGUGUGUAUUGCAUGUGCAGUAAUCGUUUCCUUUACUCUUCCAUCAGAUGGACAGCCUGCUGCACAUCCACCAACACUUCCUGUGGUGUCUUAGAGACUGCCGCGACGGACAGAAUCACUACACAGUCACACAGCUGGGAGCUAUACUCAUCAACCAGGUAGGAACCAUUACACUGUUACACAGACAGGUAGGAACCACUACACUGUCACACAGACCAGGGGAAAACGACUGCCCACUCUCAUUGAAGCCACGGAAGUUGAAGGCCGACCGCGGUACUGCAGGCAUUGUUAGCAGAAAACAGGAUCCCCCAUUUUAGGAAUGGAAAAAAUGGCAAUCUUUGUGUAAAUAUCGAAGACAAUCAAGUUACCAAUAAUUGCUUCUAAUACACCAGAUGUUUAUCCUUGAACCGAUUAUUAUAAAAUCGCACGAAGAAGUUAUGAGGAUAAUUUAGUUGCUAAUGGCUGCCUGCAGUACCCAGGUCAGCCUUCAACUUGAGUUAAUGAAUGAGAGGGUGCAGCACUGAGCUAGCCUUCAACUUCACUUCCUGGAGUAGCUCAAACUACGCAUAUUUUCUCCAUGAGACGCCAUCUUAACCGACUUCAUUUGGCUUCAAUGCACUAUUGAGUCUUCACAUAGGAAUGAAUGGUGUCACGUGAUUGAUGGAUUUGUCCAUUCAUAUAUACAGUCGUGGUCAAAAGUUUUGAGAAUGACACAUACUAAUUUUCACAGUCUGCUGCCUCAGUUUUGAUGAUGGCAAUUUGCAUAUACUCCAGAAUGUCAUUAAGAGUGAUCAGAUGAAUUGCAAUUAAUUGCCAUGAAAAUGAACUUAAUCCCCCAAAAAACAUUUCCACUGCAUUUCAGCCCUACCACAAAAGGACCAGCUGCCAUCAUGUCAGUGAUUCUCUCGUUAACGCAGGUGAGAGUGUUGACAAGGCUGGAGAUCACUCUGUCAUGCUGAUUGAGUUCGGAUAACAGACUGGAAGCUUUAAAAGGAGGGUGGUGCUUGAAAUCAUUGUUCUUCCUCUGUUAAUCAUGGUUACCUGCAAGGAAACAUGUGCCGUCAUCAUUGCUUUGCACAAAAAGGACUUCACAGGCAAGGAUAUUGCUGCUAGUAAGAUUGCACCUAAAUCAAACAUUUAUCGGAUCAUCAAGAACUUCAAGGAGAGAGGUUCAAUUGUUGUGAAGAAGGCGUCAGGGCACCCAAGAAAGUCCAGCAAACGCCAGGACCGUCUCCUAAAGUUGAUUCAGCUGCGGAAUCGGGGCACCACCAGUGCAGAGCUUGCUCAGGAAUGGCAGCAGGCAGGUGUGAGUGCAUCUGCACGCACAGUGAGGCAAAGACACGUGGAGGAUGGCCUGGUGUCAAGAAGGGCAGCAAAGAAGCCACUUCUCUCCAGGAAAAACAUCAGGGACAGACUGAUAUUCUGCAAAAGGUACAGGGAUUGGACUGCUGAGGACUGGGGUAAAGUCAUUUUCUCUGAUGAAUCCCCUUUCCGAUUGUUUGGGGCAUCCGGAAAACACCUUGUCCGAAGAAGACAAGGUGAGCGCUACCAUCAGUCCUGUGUCAUGCCAACAGUAAAGCAUCCUGAGACCAUUCAUGUGUGGGGUUGCUUCUCAGCCAAGGGAGUAGGCUCACUCACAAUUUGCCUAAGAACACAGCCAUGAAUAAAGAAUGGUACCAACACAUCCUCCGAGAGCAACUUCUCCCAACCAUCCAAGAACAGUUUGGUGACGACCAAUGCCUUUUCCAGCAUGAUGGAGCACCUUGCCAUAAGGCAAAAGUGAUAACUAAGUGGCUCGGAGAACAAAACAUCGACAUUUUGGGUCCAUGGCCAGGAAACUCCCUAGACCUUAAUCCCAUUGAGAACUUGUGGUCGAUCCUCAAGAAGCGGGUGGACAAACAAAAAUCCACAAAUUCUGACAAACUCCAAGCAUUGAUUAUGCAAGAAUGGGCUGCCAUCAGUUAGGAUGUGGCCCAGAAGUUAAUUGACAGCAUGCCAGGGCCGAUUGCAGAGGUCUUGAAAAAGAAGGGUCAACACUGCAAAUAUUGACUCUUUGCAUAAACUUAAUGUAAUUAUCAAUAAAAACCUUUGACACUUAUGGAAUGCUAGUAAUUAUACUUCAGUAUACCAUAGUAACAUCUGACAAAAAUAUCUCAUAACACUGAAGCAGCGAACUUUGUGAAGACCAAUACUUGUGUCAUUGUGGUCCUCUGUAGCUCAAUUGGUAGAGUAUGGUGCUUGUAACACCAGGGUAGUGGGUUCGAUCCCCGGGACCACCCAUACGUAAAUAUGUAUGCACACAUGACUGUAAGUCGAUUGGAUAGAAGCGUCUGCUAAAUGGCUUAUUAUUAUUAUUAUUAUUAUUAUUAUUAUUAUUAUUAUUAUUCUCAACUUUUGACCAUGAGUCAUUGAAACAGACAGGUAGGAACCAUUACACUGUAACACAAACAGGUAGGAACCAUUACACAGUCACACAGCUGGGAGAUAUACUAAUCAACCAGGUAGCCCCCCUCUCUCUCUCUCUCUCUCUCUCUCUCUCUCUGAUUCUGAGAAAACAUUCUAAAGAAAUCAUGACUCUGUACUAUCCCUUUGUCAUACAUUGAGUCAUACCUGAUCAGAAUGUUUGCUUGUUUGUUGUUGUUUACCUGAUCAUGAUGAUGAUGAUGAUGAUGUUGUGGUGUAGUUUUCAGGUGAGAUGGGAGAGAGGAUGAAGGAGAGCUAUGGAGUGUUCUGCAGUCACCACACAGAUGCUGUCAGCUUCUACAAAGAACAGCUACAGAACAACAAGAAGUUCCAGAACUUGAUUACGAAAAUCGGUCGGUUGUCCAUUGUGCGGCGGUUAGGAGUCCCAGAAUGUAUUCUGUUGGUGUCUCAGCAGCUCACAAAGUACCCCGUUCUGGUGGAACGCAUUCUACAGAACACUGAUGGUAACUAACGGACUCAGUUAGGUAACUGAAUGCCUUUAAGGUGGGCUCAGCUGGGCUAGGCUGCAUAUCUCUUUGUACCAUCAGCCCCCAGGCCCAGCCAUGCUUGAUAACCACGCUGUUCACAAAUGGAAUUUGAUUUUACUUCCUGAAUUGACUGAAUUGAAAUGGAAUUAACCCAAACCCAAUCCUCUACUCUCCUCCCAUCUUCUCCCAUCAGUCGAUAGUGAGGAGCACGGUGCCCUGGCCCAAGCCCUGGUUCUGAUCAGAGAGACCAUCUCUGCUGUGGACUCUCAGGUCCAUGACCAUGAGAGGGCCUCUAGGCUGAGAGACAUAGGCAGCAGGUUGGAACCUCAUUCUCAGGGCAGGCUGAAGGACGGAAGGGUGUUCAGGAGAGAGGACCUGGCAGAGGGGUCCAGAACCCUGCUCCAUGAGGAGACCAUCAACUGGCGGGCGGCCAACGGAUGGCUGAAAGGUGAUUUAAAAGAAAUACAGUCAGAUCCAAAAGUUUUGGCACCCUUGAUAAAGAUUAGCAAAAACACUGUAUAAAAUAAAUAAUAUACAUACUUGGCUAUAUUGUAUGCCCACAUUUUGUCAAAUAUUUCUUCUCUCAAAAAGAUUGGGGUCAAAAUGAUUGGCACCCUUGUUUUCAAUACCUUUCACUUUGCGAGUAUAAAGGCACUGAGCCUCUUUUCUAAAAUGUUUAUGAGAUUGGAGAACACAUUGGGAGGGUUCUUAGACCAUUCUUCCAUACAGAAUCUAUCAAGAUCCUUGAUUUAUUUUAAUUUUAUUUUACCUUUAUUUAACUAGGAAAGUCAGUUAAGAACAAAUUCUUAUUUACAAUGACGGCCUACACCGGCCAAACCCGGACGACGCUGGGCCAAUUGUGCGCCGCCCUAUGGGACUCCCAAUCACGGCCGGUUGUGAUACAGCCUGGAAUCGAACCAGGGGGUCUGUAGUGACGCCUCAAGCACUGAGAUGCAGUGCCUUAGACCACUGUGCCACUCGGGAGCCUUUGGCGACUAGUAAGUAUUUUUUAAACCUCUCGCAUUGGGCUAGAUGUGUCAAUGUGUAGUUCAUGUAAGUCGCUCUGGAUAAGAGCGUCUGCUAAAUGACUAAUAUGUAAAUGUAAUACAAGGCUGAAACUUGGCCGCAAGUGGAUCUUCCAGCAAGACAAUAACCCCAAGCACACAUCUAAAUCCACAAAGAAUUGGUUAAUUGACCACAAAAUCAACAUUUUGCAAUGGCCAUCUCAGUCUACAGACUUGAACCCCAUUGAAAACCUGUGGUUGGGCAGUCCGUAAGCGCAGAUGAAGGAUAUCAAUUUACAAUAACAAAGACUGAAAUGACACAAUACAUUAUGAAUCAUUCAUUUCUAUUGGGCAUAAUCUGAAACGCAACCAAAACAAACAGCAAAUGCAUCCAACAAAUGUGUAGAGUCACAAGCUUGAUCUAGUCAUUGCGUGCUAGAAAUAUGGGACCAAAUACUAAACUUUGUAUUACUUUAAUACACAGGAAUUUGUUCCGAUACUUUUGGUCCCCUAAAAUGGGGGGACUAUGUACAAAAAAUGCUGUAAUUUCUAAACGGUUCACCCGAUAUAGAUAAGAAUCCCAUCAAAUUAAAGCUGACAGUCUGCACUUUUAACCUCAUUGUAUCAUUUCAAAUCCAAAGUGCUGGAGUACAGAGCCAAAACAACAACAAAAAAUGUCACUGUCCCAAUACUUUUGGAGCUCACCGUAUGUGCAUCAUUGCUCUCUCUCGCUCUACUGUGUGUGCAUCUUGAGCUGUCACUCAAAUAGCGAGGGGCUGAAGCUCAUUGGCUGCAACUCUAAUUGCUAAGGGGACUGGUCCACGUGAGGGUAAAUGUAGGGAAAAUGGCGCCACACAGCUUCCAGAAAACAGUCGCUUUCAAACUUGGGAUUUCGUGACUAAUUGAGGUAAGACAGUAAUUCUGCUCAUAGAUGAUGCAUGUAUGAACUACACAUUGACACAUCCAGCCCAACGCGGGAGGUUUAAAAAAUACUUACUAGUCGACAAAGUACCGGAGCAUGUCUUUAACAAGGGCCCCAGGAAAAGUGGAAGCAAAAUAGCCCCAUAACAUCAAAAGAUCCACCACCAUAUCUUACAGUAGGUAUGAGGUUCUUUUCUGCAUCCUUAUUUUGACGCCAAACCCACCACUGGUGUGCAUGACCGAAGAGGUCUAUGUUCAUGUCAUCUGACCAAACCACCAGUUCCAAUCCAAGUGCCAAUGCAAGUUAGCAAAGUCCAGGCUUUUACAUUUGUUGGAUGACAUGAAAAUAGAGCUAUUUUGCCACGCACACGAUAGAGGAGCAGCUGUACAGUGAACAGUAGGAGGCCAGGCUAAACCAGUCUCAGAGACUUCCAAGGUAAAAGACUCUACCCAUACCAGGUCUACCUGAGCGCUUCAAAAUGUUCUCAAUAACAGCUGUCCAAAUGCCCUCAACUACCAUUGUCAGGUCAUAUGGAAUGUGUGUGUGUCCAGAGCAUCUGUAGGUCUGUGUAUUUUUCUGACCAUAGAAUCUGUGUGUGUCUCCAGGGAGUCUGUGUAUGAAGGAUGUCCAGAUCAUGCAGAGCCUGACAGAGAAGCUGCAUAUGUUUGCUGACAUGGCGGAGGCUGUACCAGGGCUGGAGGAUGUAGUGAACCACUCUCGUCUGCUGCUCCGCAGUGACGCCCUAGACCUCCAGCAGGGGGAGACACUGCUCAAGGGGGCCAUCACUGAGGGUAGGAAUUAAUGACAAAUCCGCCCCUAUGCCCUAAGCAAUUGUGGAGAUCUGUGAGGAUUUGAUAGGUUAAAGCAAUAUUGUAAUAGCUCCACCUUCACCUCUGAUAGGCUGGCCUUGGUACUCCUGCUAGGUCUGAUAGGAUCUGAUAGUAGUUAACUUAACCAUUUUCUUUAGUAAAUCUGUUAUAAAUACUUAUUGACCCACCAUGAGAAUCCAAUGUCAGCUUGUCAGUUAGGGAAUCAGCUUUUCGUUUCUUCUUCUCUCUUCAGUGGAGAAUCUGCAGAACCUUCUCCUGUCCGGUGUAACUGUGAGAGAUCCAAAGGACAGCCUGGGAUCAGGGGGAUACAGUUUGAGGCCAGAAGUGCUACGGCUCCGUCCAGGGGGGCUAGGCCUUGGGGGGCUGUGGAACCUGGUGGCACUCAGGAGAGCCGAAACAUGUGGGGGCUAUGUCUGCAAUCCCAUAACCCCUGUGAAGAGUAAGUCUACCACUCAUAAAGAUGGACUAUGGUUGCUGGAUCGACGCCCGCACCUCUCUGAUUCAGAGGGGUUGGGUUAAAUGCAGAAGACACAUUUCAGUUGAAUGCAUUCAGUUGUACAACUGACUAGGUAUCCCCCUUUACCUUUCCUUUAUUAUACCACUGUUCAUAUUCAUGUUUUCCAGAUGGUAAUAUACAGGCGGGAGAACAGCUAGACAGUGUGGCAGGAAGACCUCUAGACAGAGGUCAGCAUUCAAACUCUGACCCCCAGCUACAGGACCUUGACCAAUCAGAGAGUCUGGAACUGUCGGUGAGUUACUGGCUGUUCCAUUCUCUCCCUUUCUCUUCCAAGUGGGCACUUGUUCCCUCCUACAAGUGUGCUCUUGUUCUCUCCUGAGAGAGGGAGGGCGGUAUUAACUGGUUUAGUUUGACUGAUUCAUGGUAUUGUGAUUACAGGUAGAUGAGUCACCAGCACCAGCAUCAUACUGGAGUUCUCCAUGCCCAAAUCCAUCCUUUCCUGAAGCUGAGGUAAGUGUUGCUAGAACAUAUCACUUUUUUUUUAUUGUGCCAACCUGUUGGAGACAGUUUUCUAUUGUAUUAGUUAUGCAAAUAUUUGUCUAUUAGAUAAUAUAUAUAUUUAAGGAUCAUUUAAUUUAUUUACAAUGCUGUGAAAAAGUAUUUACCCCCUUUCUGAUUUUCUCUAUUAUUGCUUUUUUUUUUACACUGAAUGUUAUCAGAUCUUCAACCAAAACCUAAUAUCAAAUAAAGGGAACCUGAAUGAAAAAAAUGAUUAAAAAAUAGUUAUUUCAUAAACAAAGUUAUGCAACACCAAAGCCCCUGUGUUAAAAAGUAAAUGCCCCCUUACACUCAUUAACUGGUUGUGCCAUCUUUAGCUGCAAUGACUGCAACCAAACGCUUCCUAGAGUUGUUGAACAGUCUCUCACAUCGCUGUGGAGAAAUUUUGGCCCACUCUUCCAUGCAGAACUGCUUUAACUUAGCGACAUAACAUUUGUUGGUUUUCGAGCAUGAACUGCUCGUUUCAGGUUCUGCCACAACAUCUCAAUCAGGUUUAGGUCUGGACUUUGACUAGGCCAUUCCAUAACUUGAAAUGUGUUGCUUUUCAGCCAUUCGGAUGUGGACUUGCUUGUGUGUUUUGGAUCAUUGUCUUGCUGCAUGACCCAGCUGCACUUCAGAUUCAGCUCACAGACGGAUAGCCUGACAUUUGCUUUAGAAUUAUCUGGUACAGAGCAGGAUUCAUGGUUCCUUCAGUGAUGGCAAGUCGUCCAGGUCCCGAGGCAGCAAAGCAUCCCCAAACCAUCACACUACCACCACCAUGCUUGACCGUUUGUCAAGCAUGGUGGUGGUAGUGUGAUGGUUUGGGGAGGCUUUGCUGCCUCGGGACCUGGACGAAUUGCCAUCAUUGAAGGAACCAUGCAUUCUGCUCUGUAUUAGAGAUGAAGAUUUAUUUAUUUUUAUUAUUUUCGUAAUUUACCCCCCUUUUUCUCCCCAAUGUCGAUCUUGUCUCAUCGCUGCGUCCUCCGAAACAUGACCCGCCAAACAGUGCUUCUUAACACCCGCCCGCUUAACCCGGAACCCAGCAGCACCAAUGUUCAACUGAUGAUCGAGGUCAGCCUGCAGGCGCCCGGCCCGCCACAAGGAGUCGCUAGAGCGUGAUGAGCCAAGUUAAGCCCCCCCGGCCAAACCCUCCCCUAACCCGGACGACGCUGGGCCAAUUGUGCGCCGCUCUAUGGGACUCCCGGUCACGGCCGGUUGUGACACAGCCUGGGAUUGAACCCGGGUCUGUAGUGCCGCCUUAGACCGCUGCGCCACUCGGGAGGCCUGUAUUAGAGAAUUCUAAAGGAGAAUGUCAGGCUAUCCAUCUGUGAGCUGAAGCGUAGCUGGGUCAUGCAGCAAGACAAUGAUCCAAAACACACAAGCAAGUCUACAUCAGAAUGGCUGAAAAUCUACAAAUGUAAAGUUUUGGAAUGGCCUAGUCAAAGUCCAGACCUAAACCUGAUUGAGAUGUUGUGGCAGGACCUGAAAUGAGCAGUUCAUGCUCGAGAACCCACAAAUACCUCGAAGUUAAAGGAGUUCUGCAUGGAAGAGUCGGCCAAAAUUCCUCCACAGCGAUGUGAGAAUGAUAACAACUCUAGGAAGUGUUUGGUUGCAGUCAUUGCAGCUAAAGGUGGCACAACCAGUUAAUGAGUGUAAGGGGGCAAUUACUUUUUCACACAGGGGCAUUGGGUGUUGCAUAACUUUAUCAAAAUGUUGUGUUAUUUGUUCACUCAGGUUCCCGUUAUCCAACAUUAGGUUUUGGUAGAAGAUCUGAUAACAUUCCGUGUCAAAAAUAGAGAAAAUCAACAAGGGGGCAAAUUCUUUUUCACAGCACUCUAUAUGGUUUAUGCAGUAAUUUGGUAACGUGAUUUCUUAUUAUGGUUCUAUUAUUUGAAUUAUAAUAGGCCAAUUACUCCCUCUAUCCUCAAUUAGUUGUAAGUAUGGGUGGGCCUGCCCAGAUAGCCACAUAUUGGGUAUAUAGAAACAGGAAGUAAAGCAAAUGUUUGUGAGACCGUGAUAUCUAUUUUUUUUAACCACACGUUUUACCUUGACCUAAUUUGUUUACCUGGAAUAUUGGAACCUUUGUUUACCUUGCACUUAUUAUAUUGGAUUCUAUGAAAAUAAAUACGUUUUCGUUUGGAUUCUUGGGUUUUCGAUUGGAUUUUGGAUGUGCAUCUCAAAUCUUGCAUUUGGUUUUCCCACGGCUUUUCGAAAGCUGCUACAACCUUAUUUCUGUCUCUCUCUCCCCAGUUCUUUGACAGGGUGCUGCUGCUCUCACAAAAACUCUACAGUCUGCUGGUAAGACGUACUGUAUCUAUUCUUUACAUUCUAUAGAGACAGUUGAUAGGUUUGACCUGUCUUAUCUUACCAUUAGAUAGGUUAAGUGUGUCCACUGCCCAUCCCUGGUCUGAAGUUUGUCCUCUGCCUCCUGGUGUUAAGUUUGUUCCCUGCCAUUCCCCGUAGGCCAUCGUCUCCCAGCAGGACAGCCACAUUGAGUUGCAGCGUGCCUUGCUGUCAGAGCGCGAGCAUCCUGGCCGUCCUCGUGGCAACGUGCUCCUGGAGCAGGAGAAACAACGUAACAUGGAGAAACAGAGAGAGGAGAUGGCUAACUUCCAUACGCUGCAGACACAGCAUAGACAAGAACAGGUAUUGAACUAGAACACAGUUUAUUACAUUAGAGAAAUGGAGAGAGGAGAUGGCUAACUUCCACAAGCUGCAGACAGCACAGACAAGAACAGGUACUAGAACAGUUUAAAACCCUGAGGUAGAAAAUAGUUUAUAUUAGAGAAACAGAGAGAGGAGAUGGCCUACAGGAACAGGUACUUAACAAAGGUAGAGAACCAAAGGUAGAGAAACGGAGAGAGGAGAUGGCCAACUUCCACAAGCUGCAGACACCAUCAGGAACAGGUAGCUAGAAUAGAGCUUUAAACUGCAGACACUGUAUCAGUUACUACGUCUUAAAGCUUUUAUCAAAAUAUAGCCACAUGUUGUAUACAGUGGGGGGAAAAAGUAUUUAGUCAGCCACCAAUUGUGCAAGUUCUCCCACUUAAAAAGAUGAGAGAGGCCUGUAAUUUUCAUCAUAGGUACACGUCAACUAUGACGGACAAAUUGAGGAAAAAAAAUCUCCUUCGAUCUGGGGCUCCACGCAAGAUAUCACCCCGUGGGGUCAAAAUGAUCACAAGAACGGUGAGCAAAAAUCCCAGAACCACACGGGGGGACCUAGUGAAUGACCUGCAGAGAGCUGGGACCAAAGUAACAAAGCCUACCAUCAGUAACACACUACGCCGCCAGGGACUCAAAUCCUGCAGUGCCAGACGUGUCCCCCUGCUUAAGCCAGUACAUGUCCAGGCCCGUGUGAAGUUUGCUAGAGUGCAUUUGGAUGACCAAAAUGUAACUUUUUGGUAAACUCAACUCGUCGUGUUUGGAGGACAAAGAAUGCUGAGUUGCAUCCAAAGAACACCAUACCUACUGUGAAGCAUGGGGGUGGAAACAUCAUGCUUUGGGGCUGUUUUUCUGCAAAGGGACCAGGACGACUGAUCCGUGUAAAGGAAAGAAUGAAUGGGGCCAUGUAUCGUGAGAUUUUGAGUGAAAACCUCCUUCCAUCAGCAAGGGCAUUGAAGAUGAAACGUGGCUGGGUCUUUCAGCAUGACAAUGAUCCCAAACACACCGCCCGGGCAACGAAGGAGUGGCUUCGUAAGAAGCAUUUCAAGGUCCUGGAGUGGCCUAGCCAGUCUCCAGAUCUCAACCCCAUAGAAAAUCUUUGGAGGGAGUUGAAAGUCUGUUGCCCAGCGACAGCCCCAAAACAUCACUGCUCUAGAGGAGAUCUGCAUGGAGGAAUGGGCCAAAAUACCAGCAACAGUGUGUGAAAACCUUGUGAAGACUUACAGAAAACGUUUGACCUGUGUCAUUGCCAACAAAGGGUAUAUAACAAAGUAUUGAGAAACUUUUGUUAUUGACCAAAUACUUAUUUUCCACCAUAAUUUGCAAAUAAAUUCAUAAAAAAUCCUACAAUGUGAUUUUCUGGAUUUUUUUUCUUCUCAUUUUGUCUGUCAUAGUUGACGUGUACCUAUGAUGAAAAUUACAGGCCUCUCAUCUUUUUAAGUGGGAGAACUUGCACAAUUGGUGGCUGACUAAAUACUUUUUUCCCCCACUGUAUGUAUACAUACAAUCUUGUUAUAGGGUUACACCUGCUGGAUGAAUGUUGCGUGUCUCUGUGCACAAGUACUUGCAAUUUCCUGUGUCUUUUUCUUUUUAUUGAUCUAUCGAUCUCGAUUAAUCCUCUAUCUAUUAAUUGAACUAUCUAUUGUGUUUAUCUAUGAUAUCUCUCUGUCUCACAGGUGUCAAACUCGUUCCAUGGAGGGCCGAGUGUCUGCAGGGUUUUUACUUCUCCCUUGUACUUGAUUGAUCGCUGAUUAGUUAGGAACCUUCCUCGCCUGGUUUUCUAGUUGUUCGAGCAGAAACUCAUCUCACUUCUCUCAUUUCCCUCUAUCUCAUCCAUCUCAUCCGCAGGCUCACUGGGAGAAGGAGCAGGAGCGCCACCAGCUGCAGGCGGAGGUCCUGGAGGCGCAGCUAAGACAGAGAGAGGAGGAGUGUAGGAGACUGGAGGAGAAGCUAGCAGAGGAGAGGGGGGAGCUGGAGAGAUGGAGAGAAAUCUACCAACAGGUUGCUGCUUCGUUUUGUUACAUUAUACAAUGUUACAAUAUAACAAUUGUGGUCUUACUAUAAGUUGCUCUGGAUAAGAGUGUCUGCUAAAUGGCCAAAUGUUUAAAAAAAUAAAAAGUUAAGUGGUCUAAGAGUUAAAAAUAAAUUAAAACAAAUCUUCAAUUGGCAAUUUUAUCCAAGUGAGUGCUGCUGGCCUUUUUUCAUUGUUCAUGUGAUGUACCGUACCAACAGGAUCUGGAGAGGCUGAGGGAGUCUACAAGGACUGUGGAGAAACAGAAGGAACGCCUGGAUAUACAGAUGAAGUUGAAGAAGAACAAGACCAUUGCCAACCCUGGGAGUUUUAACUUCAACACUCAGCAGGUGAGGAGGUGGUGUGGUCGUUAAGGACUGAGGACCAAUAGUGAGAGGGCUGUUAAUUAUGCAUUUAUAGAUAUUGAUGUAUGGGACGUUUAGGUAAUCUGGUCAUUCUCUUCUUCUCCUCUCCCCCACUCCCAGUCGUUCAGAGGGAACCUCCCCCACUCUGCCUCCUUCCGAGGGGACCUUUCCCAGUCGUUACGAGGGGACCUGAUGGGUGGUUGGACCACGGGAGGUGACGUGACCCCCAUCCAGACCUCCAAGGUCCACGUCCAACCCAGCCCCUCUCUAGCCACAGCUUUCUUCCUGGAGCAGCCCCCAGAGGUGAGACAUAGCUAGGACAUAACAUGGGCUAGACUACAUGGAAGGACAGUAUACCAACCACAGAUAGAGUUGAAAAAUUCCAGUAACUUUCCCCAAAUUCCUAGGUUUUCUAGAAAUCCCGGUUAUAAGAUUCCCAGAAUCAGGAGGGAAUAAGUAGGAAAUAGGAGAUAUGAGAAGUAGGAGAUUUCUGUAAAACUUGGGAAUUUUGGCAAAGUUACCGGUACUUUGCAACACUAUCCACAGGACUAUGUGAAUAUGUGUGUUCACCUUCCAGGGUUUUUGUAUUCAAUUUAUUGUACUAUAGUGUAUUCAUAUUGUGUAUUUUGUGUGCUGACCUCACAAAAUGCAUUUCCAUUAAAAGUGACAAAGUUCCCUAUCAGAACACUCUUACGAGUUCAAUCCCAGUAGUUCACAGUAUUCAUAAUGUUCCCAGAGGCUUCCGCCCAAAUAAAGAGUCUGGUGGACCAAAGCAUCAAACUUGGCCUUCGUUAGCCAAUACAGAAAGACCAGGAGACACUCCCGGCGCAUAAGCAUUGGCUUAAUCUACCAACCAAUCAUCUCUGACAAGGUUGGCCGGUAUUCAGAUUUUCAUACAGUUUCUGUAUACGGUAUUACCGGAAGUGCACACAAGGGACAUUAUUUCAAAAAAUUAUAUAUACAAAAAUAAAUAAUAAUAUUGAUGCACGAAACAAUUUAGGCAGCAGGGAUCUUGAUCCAGGAGGAGAUUGAAUGCUUCUGCUGUAACCAAGAAGCUUGAUCUUGACAUCUAGCCACUUAGCUAGCAAGUUAGCAAACCAAAUGCAUAGCUGGAGUGCCUUCAGAAAGUAUUCAAACCCCUUGGCUUAUUCCACUUUUUGUUGUGUUACAGCCUGAAUUCAAAAUGGAUUAAAUAAAAAAAAGAUCUCACCCAUCUACACACAAAACCCCAUAAUGUCAAAGUGAAAACCAUGUUUUUAGAAAUGUUUGCACAUUUAUUGAAAAUGAAAUACAGAAAUAUCUAAUUUACAUAAGUAUUCACACCUCUGAGUCAAUACUUUCUAGAAGCACCUUUGGCAGCGAUUACAGCUGUGAGUCUUUCUUGGUAAGUCUCUAAGAGCUUACCACACCUGAAUUGUGCAACAUUUGCCCAUUAUUCUUUUCAAAAUUCUUCAAGCUCAAAUUGUUUGUUGAUCAUUGCUAGACAAACAUUUUAAUGUCUUGCCAUUUUAGAUUUUCAAGUAGAUUUAAGUCAAAACUGUAACUCGGCCACUCAGGAACAUUCACUGUCUUCUUGGUAAGCAACUCUAGUGUAGAUUUGGUCUUGUGCUUUAGGUUAUUGUCCUGCUGAAAGGUUAAUUAAUCUCCCAGUGUCUGGUGGAAAGCAGACUGAACCAGGUUUUUUCUAGGAUUUUGCUUGUGCCAUUAUUUCUUUAUUUCCUCUAGGAUUUUGCCAUUACAUUAAUUUUUUUUAUCCUGAAAAACUCCCCAGUCCGUGCCAAUAAAAAGCAUACCCAUAACAUGAUGCAGCCACCACCAUGCUUGAAAAUAUGGACAAUUCAGGACAAAGUACAUUUCUUAGCCACUUUUUUUGCAGUUUUACUUUGAUGCCCUAUUGCAAACAGGAUGCAUGUUUUGGAAUAUUUAGGUUAGUAUUGUUGAUUGAUCCAUCCUCCGUUUUCUCCUAUCACAUCCAUUAAACUCUCUAACAUUUUUAAAGUCAGAAUUGGCCGCAUGGUAAAAUCCCUGAGCGGUUUCCUUCCUCUCCAGCAACUGAGUUAUGAAGGAUGACUGUAUCUUUGUAGUGACUGGGUGUAUUGAUACACAAUCCAAUAAUAACUUCACCAUGCCCUUCUUUGCGAGGUAUUGGAAAACAUACCUGGUCUUGUUGGUUGAAUCUGUGUUUGAAAUUCACUCCUCGACUGAGGGACUUUACAGGUAAUUGUAUAUGUGGUGUACAGAGAUGAGGUAGUCAUUCAAAUAUCAUGUUAAACACUAUUAUUGCUCACAGAGUGAGUCCAUGCAACUUAUUAUGUGACUUGUUAAGCAAAUGUUUCCUCCUGAACUUAUUUAGGCUUGCCAUAACAAAGGGGUUGAAUACUUAUUGACUCAAGACAUUUCAGCUUUUCCAUUUUUAUUAAUUUGUACAAAUGUGUAAAAAUAUAAUUCUACUUUGACAUUAUGGGGUGUUGUGUGUAGGCCAGUGACACACAAUCUCAACCAGACUGUAACACAACAACGUGGAAAAAGUCAGGGGAUGUGAAUACUUUCUGAAUGCACUGUAAUUUAUUUGACACAUCUUAGAUUUCUUAUAGUUACAGAUAUAGUUAGUUAUAAGCAGUGGCGUAGCACGCAGCCCCCACGAGGCGGGGGUUCCCCUAACGGUAUUGAAAAUCCACGGUAUAAACGGUAUACCGCCCACGUCUACCCACAACCCCUUCCCCCUAAUCCUCCCCCAUACGCUAGCGCAGAACAAGCACAGAGCCACGCCUCGCACUCGUGUGAUUCGCAAAAAUGUAAUGAUGACAAAUACUUUACAUUGUAUGGUCACUCCCACUAAGGCCAACUUUGAAUCGUUGAUGUACCAGGUUUAAAUGUGCUGUGCGCAAUAGCCUGGGGACAAUGUUACAGUAUUCAUAACUUUACAUUAUCGUAUUGUAUUGUAGGUGCCCCUUUGUAGGGAGAGCAUCAGCCCUGUGCCCCCUAAAGUGGAGGUUCCCAUUCACCUGAUCAGCACCACCAACCAGGUGGUCCACAAGCCAGGGGCCGUGCAGCAGCAGAUCCCCACCAAGCUGGCUGCCCUUAGCAGCAAGGGCAACAAGAAGAGCAGAAAAAAGGGAUCGCACCAGUGCAUGCAUAGUGCAGGUCAGAACACUUAAUUUACAUACAUGGUAGAAAUGAUCGUAUAAGAAAACUACCCACACACUGGAUGGUUAGAUGCUCCUGUAGUUUUUAUUUGCAAUGUAUUGAACACAAAGGUUCUUCAUCAGGCUGAGUGGGAUCCAGUGGAGACCAUCCUCCUCAGUGAAUUUCAUAAAAUUAGUGAAACAUUAAAGUUAUCCUAUACUAAAUAUAUUCACGUCACCAAAUAAUUGAUUAAAACACACUGUUUUGCAAUGAAGGUCUACAGUAGCCUCAACAGCACUCUGUAGGGUAGCACCAUGGUGUAGCUGGAGGACAGCUAGCUGCUGUCCUCGUCUGGGUACAUUGACUUCAAUACAAAACCUCAUGGUUCUCACCCCCUUCCAUAGACUUACACAGCACAGGAGGUUGGUGUCACCUUAAUUGGGGAGGACGGGCUCAUGGUAAUGGCUGAAGCGGAAUUAGUGGAAUGGUAUCCUUUCCAUGUGUUUGAUGCCAUUCCAUUUGCUCCGUUCCAGCCAUUAUUAUGAGGCAGCCUCCACUGUUACACAGUAAUUAUGACAACUUCCGGAGGACAUCCUCCAACCUAUCAGAGCCCUUGCAGCAUGAACUGACAUGUUGUCCACCCAAUCAAAGGAUCAGAGAAUUAAUCUAGUACUGAAAGCAUAAGCUACAGCUAGCUAGCACUGCAGUGCAUACAAUUAGGUGAGUAGUUGACUCAGAGAAAGACAAUAGUUGAACAGUUUGAACAAAUUAAUUUCUUUAAAAAUGUAGGAGGAGCAAGAGAGGGAAAGUACUGUACUUAGGUAGCAAAUGCAGCUAGCUAGUUUAGCCUGCUCAAACAGAGGGAUGCUAUGUUAGCUAGCUGGCUAUGACUAUCCAACACUGGAACUCUUCCAAGUCAAGGUAAGCUUUUGGUUUUACAAAUGUAUUGCCACCGGGGCCCGCCUGUGUAACUGCUUACUGACUGUACACUGUACUGCAUGAUUGUAGCGGGUUUACUAACGCAUUAGUUCUAUUAGCUAUGUUGACUAUGACGUUACUUUAACUAAUAUGGUGACAACGAUGUAGGCUGUGUGUAUUGGAUAUGAUAUGAAGGAUUAGCUUGGACAUUUCCCCCUGGUCACAGACUGCUGAUGUGUUGUGCAUUGAAGUCCACAAGCGAAGGGAAAAGGUGAGAGGAGGAGAGCACGUAGAUGCGAUAAGGACUACAUCGAGCUGUUUGUAUAUGGCUAUGAAAGUGAACUGUUUGCGUGUGAUCAGGGAUGUAUUCAUUCCGCCGAUUCUGUUGAAAAACGUUUCUUAAACGGAACCAAACAGGGAUAAACAUACCUGAAUUUGUCCAAUAGAAACUCUUGUUUGCAACUGUUGGACUAAAGAUUACACCCUAGAUCAGCUAGAUGCAGGCAAGAUUGUGCAAGACGGUAUUGAAUGCGUCACUGUCUGUCACCUCAAAUCUUUCUCUCGACCUGUGUGCACCAACGUUGUAAACUUUCAUUCAUAGGCUAGGUUGUAGCAACCUCAUUGAUAUAGGGAAAAUUGAAGUAUCAUGUAGUAGCCUAAACCUAUCAAUGUUACAUUGAGCUGGGUGAAUGGGAUAUGAAUGAGAGUCAUCCAAUAUGCUGUUAUAUAAAUAUGCACCGACCGCCACUGGUGGGAUCAGGAUGUCAGUCACAAGAUCUUCACACCCCUUUGCUAUGACACUCUAAAUUCUAUUAUCUGUUAGGAAGUGAGUAUGUCUCUUUAGUUGUCUUUCCUCCUGCAGCAUCUAUAGACAUGUCUCAGGUGGUGCCGAUCAGAGUGACAGGAAAAGAGUGCGGGAGUCUGAGAGGGAAGAGGACUGUGAGCCCUCACAGGAGCUACCAAUCAGGUAAGAUUUUUACCAUGACUGGAGAUUUGUUUUAACGUCUCAGGAUUAACAUGACGCACACACGCACGCACGGACACACGAUGAGUAAGUUAACCCUACGUUGUUAUCCCUCCUCAGAUCGUUUCUUUAGUCCUCCAGAUCCUCUGUCCAAUGCCAAGCCCUCCCAGACCCAGACCCUGUUGUCCAGCAGCAGCAUGAGGAGGCACUUCCCUCCACCCGAACCUCCUCAUCCUCCACCCUUCCCCAAAGACAUAGCAAGCAAACCAACCAAGGAACGCGUCAUCUAU